GCAUGUAGUAGUAGCAAGAAGACAAACAAGUUAACCAAAGGAUUGAAGGUGAGCCCCUAAAACCAAAAAGUGAUUUGUUUUUCUCUCAAACUCACCAUGAAUUCUUCUCAAUGAACCCAUACUCCCACCAUCUUCAAACUACAACACUCUCAUGUUCAUCUUCUUCCUCAUUAAAAUCAUCAUUCAAUCCUAAAGAAUAAUGAAAAUGGCCUUACUAUCUUCAUCUUCAACUCCCACUCUCUCUCCUCUUCCUUCUUCUAAACCCCACCAUAAUCUCAAUCUUACCCACAAACCUUAUCUUCUUCCUCUUCCCAGAAAAACCCACCUCUCAAUUUCUCCAAUUAGAGUUUCUGCUUCUGAUAAUGGAGCUGGGGUUGUAGCUUCUUCUGCUGUUGUUAGUGAAGAGAAUGUUCUAGAAACCCCAUCUGAAGUAAAAGGAACUGGGUCUGAUUCUGUAGAUUCAACCCCCAAAAAAAUUGAGAAAAAUGCAGAGGAUGUUACAGAAAUUAAAGCUUCUGAAGAGGUUGUGAAGAAAUUUGUGGACCACAGAUGGGUUAAUGGGAGUUGGGAUUUGAAGCAGUUUCAGAAAGAUGGAAUUACUACUGAUUGGGAUGCUGUUAUUGAUGCUGAGGCAAGGAGGAGGAAGUGGCUCCAAACCUACCCAGAAUCAACCACUAAUGAUGAACCUGUUACUUUUGACACCUCAAUCAUUCCAUGGUGGGCAUGGAUCAAAAGAUUCCACCUUCCUGAAGCCGAGCUUCUUAAUGGCCGUGCUGCUAUGAUUGGUUUUUUCAUGGCCUAUUUUGUCGAUAGCUUGACUGGUGUAGGUCUUGUCGAUCAAAUGGGUAACUUCUUCUGUAAAACCUUGUUAUUUGUUGCUGUUCUUGGUGUGCUGUUCAUUCGUAAGAACGAAGAUCUAGAUAACUUAAAGAAGCUACUAGAAGAGACAACUUUGUAUGACAAGCAAUGGCAAGCGACAUGGCAAGAUGAGAGCAAUACUACUUCCAAAAAAGAUUAGCCCAUCUAGUUUAUCAGAUUUUUAAUCUGAAUAUGGUUUUGUUUGUAUGUUAAGGAUAGGCUUCAUCCAAUAUUGUAUUCAGAAAGACUUGGUUAGCACUUUAUUAAUACUUGUAUCAUUCAGUGCUGAAUUUAGGAGCAUUCAGUUUAUUCUGCAAGAGGAAAUGACAAAAUGGUUUGCCAAUUGCCACUAAUGAUUCAAA